CUAAACAUAAAACUCAUAAUUCUUCUACGUCUAUAGCUUAUAUCUUUUAUAUAACCAUGUGCUUCAUGAUGAUAGGAUGCAAGUACAUAGUCAACGCCAAUCCGAAGCGGUUCGCAAAGAUCGUACAUCCCAGCGCAGUAGGAUUGAUUCUAGUGGGAACGGUACUUUUUUUAUCGGUGGAAAUGUUCUAUAUGUUGCCCAAGAUAUACGACCCCGAUGGACUGUUCUUAAAGAUCGCCUGGCUUAUGGCACUAUUCAUUGUCUACAAUCUGUUGGGAAAUAUGCUAGCCUGCCAUCGCAAAUCCUCUGCGGUGACUUCCUUGCCCAAGGAUCGGCAGAUUCCGUGCCCAGAGGAGGAGCACCUGUGGCACUUCUGUGACCACUGCCAGAUGUUAGUGCCGCCCAGAUCCUGGCACUGCAAAGUGUGUGAAUGCUGCAUUCUGAGGCGGGAUCAUCACUGCAUCUUCACUGCGACUUGCGUUGGCCACAAUAAUUACAGGUACUUUUUCUGGUUCACAGUUUACAUGCAUAUUGGAUCACUUUUGUCAUUGGCAACGCAUGUAAAUCUGCUUAUAAUUGAUGAACAAAUUCGGAGGCAAUAUGUUGUAUUACACUUUUCAUGCAUUUUCCUAUUUCUCAAACCAAUGAGCUGGGAGUUAAUAGCACUGAACAUAAGUUUCGUUAUCAACAUCUAUGCUUGGAUUCUUUCACUCAUAAUGUUGGGAUAUCAGAUACCAGUCCUGUAUCUGAAUACCACAUUCUAUACGCCGAAGGAUCAUAGAUACAAUCAAGGACUGCUAGGCAACUUCAUGGCCUCCAUGGGAAAACGAGGCCUCUGGACAUUUAUCUCGCCCAGCAUUAGGAGUCCUCUGCCUCACGAUGGAACUCAGUGGCAAACCAAGCAGGCACCCACUACUAUUUGAUAGCACCCACCAUUAUCCUAAAAAUUAACUGUGUGUUUAGGAACUUUACAAAAUGAUUUCCAGAAAAAAAUGAAUAUUUCAGAUAUUUAUAAAUAAAACU